AUGGCUACAAUCUUUUGCUGCUCGUUCUUUACUCCGUAUCGUCCACGGCCACUUGACCAUGAUGGAAAGUUCACUAAAUUCACCCGCUGGAGUACUUCUCAGAAAACAUCUGCAGUCGUGGAUGACAACCCGUCCUCACUGGUCGAUACUGCACCAUAUGCUGUCCAACUAGUCAGACAAAUCAACUUUGGACCGCAAGAAUCGGUUCGAUACUUCGUUCCUACAACAGGGGACGAAUUUGUUGAGACGACUGAGGACAGUCUCAUCGAAGCGAAUUUCGAGAAAUUGAAUUCAUUCAAAAAUUUCAGGUGCUCUUCACACGAUAAAUUCUUUGAAGUCAAUCUGUAUCAGAAAAAUCCAAGCAACACCCACCACUGGCGAUCCAAUCUUGCACGACCGUCCCGAGAAAUUGACCUGGCGUUUCGACGACAGAAUGUGAUGACACACCCAAAACUCGAGAACGGAUCCUCCGCAACGAAGGGAGAGAAUGAACGGAACGUCACCGUUCCGGAUGGUAGCGCUUCUGAUUCGAAGCCCCAGGGGUCGUUACCACAAAUUGAGGAUGUGAGCAGAGACGUCUUGACAAGGGCCUUGCGAUUUGUGCUUCCAAAGUUUGGCCAAAUUCCAGGCUCAGACAGCCUGACUUCUUUGUUGUGCCUAGAAAUAAUCAGCACAAAGCUGAAUCUGAACCUUAAUUUCGACGAAUUAUGGAAAGUUGAGAUCAAUAGCUCGAAGGUAAUCCGUUUCCUUGCGGACUGUAUUGAGGCAGAUUCUGAUAGGAAAAUUCGGAAAGAAGCUUUGACACGAGUCGAAGAUGUCAUUGUUUCAGCAAUUUGCCGUACUGGCAGAGAGGAAACUGCGAACGGGAAAAUCAGGUUGCAAAAAAUCGUAGAGAGAGUGCUUGACUCUAGCUGCCAAUUGGAUUGGGCACCUCUGCACCGAGCAAGCAUCUUAAGUGUGUUUGUGUCCGGGCCUAGCGAGAAGCUUCUUGACCUUUGCCGACGGAAUGAUGAUGAUCACAUGCGGGCAAGACCAUGCGAAGAAUCCGGAGGGACCGCUGCAGACAAAUUGAAGAAGUAUGAUCUUGCUUUCGACUAUGGACGAGCUGAUUCCGACUACGAGCCCAUGAAGGACCUUACAGCUUGUGAUAAAGAAUGCGGUUAUUGCGGAGAAUGUGAUUACUAG